GUUAUUUGGUUUUGACGCUUGGAGCUGUGUUCUUCCCAGGUUAGACCUGCCGCUGACUGAAUAUUUAUUCCUGAAGGGUUUUGUUAGUCUGAAAUAUUAUUUAAACACAUUUUCCAAGGAAUUAUUAUAUUUCUUUUUGGACCGAGAUGGGUUGCACUGGAUUCACCUGCUCUAAACACUCCCUGUGUGCGCUCAACAUCCUCUAUGUUAUGGUGAGCCUGCUGAUGAUCGGCAUCGCAGCAUGGGGGAAGUGGUUUGGUCUGGUCUCCAGUUUCCAGGUGGUUGGAGGCAUCAUUGGUGUGGGCGUCUUCCUCUUCUUUGUGGCCCUGGCAGGCCUCAUCGGGGCCAUGAAGCAUCACCAGGUUCUGCUCUUCUUCUACAUGAUCGUCCUGUUCAUGGUGUUUAUUGUGCAGUUCUCUGUUUCCAGUGCCUGUUUGGCCAUCAACAGUAAUCAACAGGAACAGCUGCUGGAAGUGGGAUGGAAUAACUCUCAGAGCACUCAGAGGGAUGUGGAGAAGAGUCUUAACUGCUGUGGCUUCAAACAGGUGGACCCAAACCUCACCUGUGAUGCUGCUUGUUUCCCCAACCAUUCCUGUCUGCCCUGUGCAGAUAAGAUCCAGGAGCAUGCUGGAGAGGUUCUUCACUUUGUAGGAGGGAUCGGACUCUUUUUCAGCUUCACCGAAAUUCUUGGAGUGUGGCUCACAUAUCGCUACAGGAACCAGAAGGACCCCAGAGCGAAUCCCAGUGCUUUCCUGUGAGACAGCACCAGUUUCAGCCCAUCUCAACACCUCUAUGGACCUUCUCUAUAAAUACUAGACUGACCUUUGUGUUUACCAUCUGCUGCUGUUACAAUAUGAUGUGUUUGGUUUUUCAAGAGUGAAAGUGUGUUCAGAAAACAAGUGGUUUUGUGUGACAGCUCUGUAACAGGAACAUGUACAGUCAGUACACUGAUGGUGACUACAGCAAUCUGCUGUAUCAUUCUGUAUUAACUAUUUAUGCAGCCUGGCUAUUGUGAACCAUCAACACUUUUGUUUGUUGACCCCACUGAACACAAUAAUGGGAACUGCUACUAUAUAUUGCUCUGACUACAUUAUUUUGACCAUGUGUGAAAGAAAAAUCGUGUGUGUGUGUGUGUCAGUAGUCUACCAGUUUUUUCUUGUUUUCUUGUAUUUUUCUCUUAGUUAUGUGUGGUGUGUUUGACCCAUAGACUGUAUAAAAUGGUUUGACCAUUUGCAUGACUCUUCUGCAAAUAUGAGUUUUAUGAGAGCUGCAAUGAUGAUUCUAUGAAACCCCAGUCUGAGCCUUUGUACUGUUAACCACAAUAAAAUGUCUUUUCUUUCUUCUCCCUAAAA